CGAACGUAAACGUCAAAUUGUUUAUCGAUUGUGGAAAGAAUUUAUAUUUAUUUUGAUUUAAUUUGUUAAUUGAAUCGAAUUAAUGUCCUUAUUAUACAUAAAGAUUAUGAGGUGGAAAUAAAACAAUGAUUUGAAUAGAACCAAUCUUAAUCCAACCUCUUACCGAAGACUUGCGCAGUUUCAAGGCGCCGUGUGGAUCUACUUGUUGUUUGCCGUGAAUAAACAUUAUUGGCGAAAUUAUGGUGGAAAACGGUGCAUCUAGUGGGGGCAGUGAUAGCCCAAACGCAACUUGUUCUCGUUCUGGUCUGCUGGAGACGUGUGUACGUGGUGUCUGGUACCGGGUGCACUGUUCCUUAGAGGAGGACUAUUUGAGUGUGUGUUUGGACGAUGGCUACGACGCGACGACCACUCUCAACGGAACCCUCAACAAUAACAAUGUGGAAACACCAAACAGUGACUUUACAGAGGUGCCCGAAGCGAUCGCAAAUCAAAAACGUCUAGUGCAAGUGGUGAAAUCAGACAAUAAUGGGUUAGGAAUAUCAAUAAAGGGGGGUAUAGAGAACAACAUGCCCAUUUUAAUUUCAAAAAUAUUCAAAGGCAUGGCUGCAGAUCUCACAGAACAGUUGUAUGUGGGUGAUGCUAUUCUGUCAGUGAAUGGUGAAGACUUGAAGGACGCCACACAUGAGGAGGCUGUUAAGGCUCUCAAAAGGGCGGGAAAAAUGGUUCAAUUGGAAGUGAAAUACCUCCGCGAAGUGACGCCUUACUUCCGCAAGGCUUCCAUCAUCAGCGAGGUGGGCUGGGAGUUGCAGCGCGGCUAUAUGACGGACACUCCGCCCUCGCCGCCAUCACCACGCCGCCGCCGCGCUGACACUCGCUACGUGCCCCUAGUAUUGGCCUGUGUGUCUAAGAACUUGAGACACCAUGAUCCUGAGGAGCGAACCAUCGAAGUGUACUCCCCUGACGGUGUGCAUACGCUGGCACUACGAGCUCAGGACCCGAACACGGCGAACGGCUGGCACCGCGCGCUGCACGCGGCGGCGAGGCGCGCGGCGCGGGCGGCGCUGGCGCGGGCGCGGCCGCGGCUGCGCGCCGUCGUGGGCGACGUGCGCUACGCCGGCUGGCUGGCGCGCCGCCCGCCGCAGGACCACGUUGGUGCUGCGUCCGGCGGCUCAGACAGCUCGGAAGAAAUAGACGGUUGGCAGCCAGCAUUCAUCGCUAUCACCGACCGCGAACUCAGGCUAUACGAAGCAGCGCCAUGGUCGGGCGAGGCAUGGUGCACGCCUACAGAGAGCUUCGGCUUGGCGGCGACGCGGCUGGCGUGGUGGAGGCGUGGCGCGGGCCCGUCCGGAGCCCUAGGGCUCCGCGCUGGCACACCCGCUGGACUCGUUGUGCGGCCGCUACGAGCUGAUACGCCGCAUGACCUAGCCGCCGUCGCCGGCGCAUUGGUCGACGGCGCGCACCAUGCUGUUAGGGCGCAGGAGUUUACCUUCCGGUGUCGUUUCCGCGGGUCGUGCGGCCGCUUGUCCCUGGGCGCGAGCGGCAUCUGCGUGUGGGAGGCGGCGGGCUCGCUGGGCCGCGGCGGGGCGCGCGCUCUGUACCGCCGGCCGCUGCACGCGCUGCGGGCCUCGGCCGACGACGACCGCGCCGCGCUCUGGCUGCACUUCGCGCAGGACGAUACUAUCGAAUUGGAUAUGGAGGGCAGCCCGAAGCCAGCAGUAUUCAUCUUACACAAUCUGUUGUCAGCGCGCGUGCACUCCCUGGGCGGCGAACCUAGCCCGCUAUAACACGACACCUGCGGCGCCGCCGAGGAACACGCUUGUCCCUCGCCCGCGCCCGCAUAGACUAUUGGAUUGGACAACGGUGCGACGUCGUAAUGUAUCAUCUUUAUUUAAUCCUGUUGUGGAGUGAUUGAACUCUAUCGUCUGUUAUUAGAGUAGGUUGUAUCGUCAAUCACGAUGGCCAGGUCACUUUGGGGCGCCCCCUUUUGCGUUAAACAACAUAACGCGAGGCGUGGUUGUAUUACUAGAUACCUCUGCCUACUCCUUCAGGAAUAAAGGCGUGAUUAUACCUAUGUUACGUUGUUGUUAUGAGUAAACAGUAAACUUAAAAGGAUAUUUAAUAGUACAUAUUUAGAAGUACAUAUUCCAUGAAGAUCGUGAUGACCGAUCUAGUCGUCAUACAACACCCUGCACACUGCAAACAAAAAUCUCACUCUUACCGUUUGCUGCCUAACGAAUAAGUGAGAACGGGACAGACAAUCCGCGUUCCCCUUCACUCCUUAGCGGUUUACGGAAAUUUAAGACAAGUAAAACCCGUAAAACCCAGAGGUCGGCGCCCGAUACGAAAUGUUGGCAGUAUUAUUUUUUAUUAUAAUGGUAAUACUAUUAUUUACAAAUUAAUUAUCAUGGUAAUUAUAAUAUCACGGUUCCAAGAUUUGAAAUGUCUUAAAAUUCUAUACGCAAUACGACGUCGCAUUUAAUAUGUCAUUUCAUAGGUCUAAAGCGUUUGUGCUUUUGAGUUGUAUGGAUGGAUUUUUACGAAGUUUAUAUUAAAGGUGUGAUUGUAGCAUUUUUUUAUUGUACUCUUUUUCAAAAUAAAUAUAUUUUUUCGCAAGCUUCUCUAACAAUAACCAUAGUUCAUUUUAUGGUGUUAUGUAUUUUUCAACGCAAUAUAUUUUUCGCGAAAACGCGGUCAAUUUUCUGGAUCUGUUUCAUACAAUUCAAAAGUAACAUAACUAUAGAAAGUGAAGUGUAUAAGUCAAUACUAAUAUUAACAUCAUUAUGGACUGCAAAUACGAUAUUGUGUGCUGAUUAAAAUAACGUCGUAGAUUGUCUGUAAGGUCGACGUUCAGAGUUUGUAUCGGAAACGUAACCCGAAGUUUUAAAUACUUUUUUAUAACGUAGCCAGUCUGUAGAACGCGCAAAGGCGCAAGGUCCUUAGGGCCAAUCGAUCGAUUUUGUAUAGCGAGAAAUUGUGAGCUAUUUUAUAAGGCUACUGUUACGUAGCUCUCUAUUUAAGGCUAUCAGAGUCAUACAUAAUGUGAACUAGCAAAUGUAGAACUAUUAUAAAAGAAACUCUUGUUCAGGCGUAACGUGUUGGAAGCUGGAAAACCUUAUAUUUGUAGCUUCCGAAACGUUAUAUCCCAAACGCAUCGACGGAUCUUUGGUCGGUAGACAAUUGUACUUGAAGUAAGACUGUAGCACUGUUUGAAUCAGGCGCUACCGAGAGAUUGCGAUAGUUGAUUGAGGUUAUAAUGUUUCUAUAUAAGUUACAAUGUGUGUUUCUAAACUAGCAACAUUGACUGUAAUUGCGUUUUUGUGUUUAGAUAAUCGUUGUCUGUGUUGCUAGCUUAGAAAAUAUUGUUGCUUCUGUGGCUUAUUCUUGUAAACUAUUUAUCUGUGAUGGUACACGAUUAUCGAGAAUACCAUAUCGGAGAAUUCGGAGAUAUCUCUACGAAUGUUGUUAGAUGAAAAUGGGUAGGAGAAAGAGAAGAGCAAGUUAAUGUUUGUAAAUUUUGCUUCCAAGUGUGAAGAGUAUUUGGGUUGGUCUUGGAUGGCAUAUUUUUUAAGUGCUCGUGUGAAAAUACAUUGGAAGUGCUUUCGUUUGUUAUAAUAAUACGAUGUAAUCUAUAGAUGGUUUGAUUAUUAGACAUGUGAUCUUAGGUGGACUUAUUUCAUCGUCAUAUCAUAAUAUUACGAGUGUUUCUUUAGCGUAUUUUUUAAGUUACUUCGUUCCAUGUAAGAUAUGGCUGCGUUUUUGGUAUAACAUAGAUACCUAAUUUGUGAACUAUCGCUGGUUUGAUUCAAUAAAAGUACACUACAUUAAUUAUAUCUCUUAAAAACGCAGUCAUAUUAUAUUGUUAGUUAUUUAAAUUAGUUACCAACAAAGUCCUAUUUUUAGUUUAUUUGAAUUAUUUAUUAUCUGUUAUUUGGCAACACUAAUUUCAAAAUGACACACGCGUGUAUGUCAUUAUCGGCCAUUAUAAAAAAUAGGACUAUAUGGGCACAUUUAUUUAGCUUUACCAUUGUACAUUCCUUAUUGAUAAUUAUUAUAAGUUGAUCAUCACAAUACCUACUUCCAAAGAUUGAAUCUCUGUCCGCUUUAUUUAUACCAGCUUUAGUAAAUGUUAUAAUGCCGCGGUGUACCUCAGAUGAAUUCCGUUGGAUUAAAAAAGUGGUAGGUAUAAGAUUUAAAAUAAAAUGUUGAAAGUGCUUUUAUUUUCAUGAGAAAAAUAUUUCUGAGUAUGGAAUUGUAUAAAAAACUUUUUAUAUUAGUCCCAUAGGACUGCACAUUUCAUUUUCAAUGCAGGCAACACUGAAGACUGGUUUAUCUUUAAUUAUACGAUUUUGCUGACUAUUAUAAGCCAGUUAUAAAACUGGUCUGUCCAAUUUUAUUCAUCUGUAACUCGCGGCAAUGUAUUUAUAUUUUAUAAUUUGUAUGUUGUACAUACCUACUAGAUACUGUUUUGUAUACAUUCCCAGAGUAGUAUCGCUACUGUUCGCUUUAAUUGUAGAAUCCUCGUAAGCUAGGCUAAGUUCUCAAUAAUGUAUAUUACAUAGUUACUGUACCAUUGAGGAAGAUAGGCAAUAUUCUUUGGUAAUUGAAAGGGACUUUUAUCUACUAGAAUAAUAUACCGACAUAUUGACCGUAUAGGUGGACACCGAUAUUUUAUUAGUUAUCAUUAAACUAUUUAAUUUUUGCGAGAAAUAUUUUCUUGUAUGUCAUGGGAUAAAUAACUUAAAAAAACAAUUUGUUAAGUGAAACGAAUUUAAAGACUCAAAAAAUGUUUUUUUUUUUAAUUAUGAAGUUACCAAGACUAAAUACUUCUUUUUAAAACAUUUAUUCAAAAAAUACACUGCGGUUACUGCCAUGGAGUAACUAAACAUAAAAAUUCAGUUGUUAAAAAGUCACGUGUAAUUAUUUAUUUUCUUACCAAUUAGGAGUAUGUAUUUGUUUUAAGAUGUUAUCGAUAUUAGCGGAGGGUUGACAUUCUCGAGUUAUUACAGUUUGUUGUCGAUUUGUUUUUAGAUGUACUAGGGUCAUGUGAACUAUAGUAUACCAUUAGGACUAUGAUUGGUUUCUAGAUGGUAAAUUUAAAUGCAAUAAAUUUCCAUAAAUAGUUGAAGUAAUAUACAUUUCUGUAUUUUAGCACUUUGGCGCCAAAAAUAAUCCGAAUAGAAUUAUGUAAUCAAUUUGUAUAACGUUAUGGUAAAGUCAUAUAGAAACCAAACAUAAGUUCUGCCCGAAUCUUAUUAGUUAUAAAUAUAUACUAAUCAUAAAUUUACUCCUAACCUAGUUACCAAGUCUAAACUAAAAUUUUAAAAUUCUCAAUCUAAGAAUAUUUGGAAUCUAUAGGUUACCAAAACUAACUCUAGCUAUAACAGUGUUGCCAUAUCAAUUUUAAAAAACUACUAAUACUAAGACAUAAUCUACUAAACUCUUAGAAUUUCUACUGAUGACAUACCUUCAUUAUACGACAUUUAAAUAUUUAUCUCUUAAAAAUAAAAGACAGUUUUAGUUUUUUUUUAUAAAGACAUUCAAGUAUACUCUUAGGCGUUGGGUUGUGCGUGUGUGUGGAAAAAUAUUUAAUGGCAAGAUGUAAAGAUCUGGUUUGGUUUUACCAAAAAUGUUAUACACCAUUAUUGUAGUAUUUUAGUCUGUUUACUUUGUUAUUGAGAUGUUUAUUACAUUAUUUAAUCUUCGAAGCUUUUUACUUGUUCUGAAUUUAUCAUUAAGAGUAUUUAUCCGAUUUAUGUACACUUUAAUUAUAAAUACUGCUUGUAUUUAUUCGGUCAUAUUUGUAAUUGUAAUAUCUGUAACAGUAUAACGAAUUAUUUACAUAAACAUUUAUUAAGCAAUAGUGUCAUAUCAUGGUAUUUCAAUAAAUAACAUUAUUUUCCUAGAAAGACGUACAUAUUAAUAUUUAACGAAUAACUACGUGUUCAAUAAUUUGCUCAUGGGGUAUGUACCACAUUUAUUCGACUUGUCUUUGAAACGUUAAUGUGUAAUGGCCAACAGAUGGCGUCAGUUGCAUGUGAGGUUUUGAAACUUAUAUAACGACAUAAAAAUGAGUUGAUAAAAAUAAAAGAAUAAAAACGUGUGUAAUAAAAAUUGUUCUUUCGAAAACUAAACGCCCUAUCUGUGUAAUCUGUGUUACGGACGGUUGUUGUGAUUUAAAAAAAUAGUUUUUAACCACAACUAGUGAAUAUUAUUGGCCUGGCACAGGACAAUAAAAUUCAGGCAUACAGCGAAAAUGUGUGGUGCAUGUCCGUUGGUUUGUCAGUAGCUGUCAUAAUCAUCUGUAGUAAAACAACUGUCAUUCAUUACAUUAUGAUGCAAUAAAAACAACGAAGAAAGUUA